CAAGUAUCCGUAUUUUUACUUGAACCAUUGGAUCACCAUAAACUCGGCUCGCCUGGGCUCGCUUUGCCCUACCGGGUUCCUGUACCUUACCUUGCUUGAGUGUUGAUUGACUGGGCUGGGGCUGUCACUCCAGCUCCCGCCAUCACCACCUCAUUUUGGUUAACCUCCAGCUCUAGAACAAACUCCACUCCACUCUGAUGUUCCCCGAUCCUUCUGAUUCUCUCUUACUGUUCACAUUGUCAUAAUCCAUUCCCCCGCGGCUGUUCUUACACUUUACUGUAGCUUUGUUCGCCAAUCCAUUGGCCCUUUGCCCCCCUUUACAACCUCCAUAUCUCUCAAGACUCUCAGUAAACAUCCAAACUUCAGUAUAGUAACCCUGUCUCGCAUCCCCUUCCCCCAUCUCGACUGCCGCUUGCAUCGCCGUAUCCCAGCGCCACGCUACCAACACCUCCACACCAAAACACUUUGCCCCCCCAGCCAGGGCAUCCUCUUUCGACUUGCCUUGGAUUGGGGCUCAACCUAGACCUGACAUUGUCGCGAUCCAUCACUGUCCAUCGUUUUCAUCCCACACGUACCUCUGUCGCAGUUCGCUGCAUCACCGAUCGCGACUUGCGAAUCGCAUCGCAUCGCAACUCAGCCUGCAACCCAGCGCAACGCAACGUAACGAUUCCUCACACAGCCUCGCGUGCGCAUCGCGAAACUCUGUUUGAUCGACUGCGCAUCUUGUACCGGACACAUUAACCCCCUCUCAGAAAACCGCUGUCGCAUCGUUGCUUGUCGAGCACAUGGGUUCUCAAGCUUGAUUACCACCGGCCGUCCGACUAUAACACAUUCCCUGCUCUCUCGGGUGUUUAGCUUUGUUCUGUCUGCCAUUCAGGCGCUAGACCAUCAAUCACCAUGGAUCAGAACGGCUAUAACUCCUCGGUGCUGCAGCGGCCACCACAAAGAGAAGAUGGUGGAGAUGACGACCGAGACUCCCGCCCGCAUCACCAUCAUCAUCACCACCAUCAUCACCAUCACCACAACAAUAGGCGCGACGGUGACUCAGCUGGACCUGGGCCUAUAGUGGGAGAAACGGCGACAGCCUCAUCGAAUGCAGGCGGCGCGAAUGUGCAUCAGCACUCCACCUUUAGUCUACGCUCACCCAAGUCAGAAUACCGUCCUCCUCCCUUUACAUCUCCCAACGGCCAUAGCCAUAGUCAUAGCCAUAGCCACAGCCAUCAAAACACCCCAAGUGCCGGCCAUUCCCUUCAAUCCCCGCCUCGUCCAGCAUUGCCCAAUCCCUACAUGUCAUCGUCCACGGGCGCACCCGGCGGCCCCGUCGCUCCAUCACUUCCACCUCCUGUAGGCCUCAACUCAUCAUCACCUGGAUCAUCAGCUGCAGGACUUCAUCAGCAGCAGCAUCAUCGUCAACCUCCAGCACCACCGCCUGCUGGUCCUCCGCCCGUGUCGCCGCUGCACCCUCCUGUUGCAUAUUACCCUCCCGGGUCGAACCACGACAUUUAUAUACCGCGUGAAACCAAACCUGCAUCGCGAGGUUUUUACGACCCUACAACUGAUACAACAAAGGAACGUCGAGUUUCUGACGCGGCGACGCCUGGAGCCUCCUGGCACAACGCCAACGCCAACGCCAACGCGCCCCCGGUUGGCACUCCAAAGGUAAGGGGGGCAAAUCCACUCUUUUUUGUCUUUGACUCUCGUCUCGUCUCGCCCGGACUCGAUUUGAUUGAUUGCACCCGACGUCCCUUGAUUUUCCUCUUCCCCAUCAUCAUCAUCCUUCAAUUCUGUCUUGAUCAUCGAGAUCUUCAACCAUCACGUCCAGGUCAUCAAUGCCUGUUCCCUUCCCUCACUCUUAUCAAGCUUAAUUUCCCAUCAAACCGUCACUAUCGCAACACCUUUUAAUUUCAUCAUCGCCCUUAACUCCGUCGCACAACCUCCUUCUACUCCGACCAAGACCUAAACAACCACAAAGCUUGCUGACGUGGAGCUAAUUUUUCUCUUCUUACACAACAGACUCACGAUUCGUACCCUUAUUCGCAAUCUGCCGAACAAGGUACUCCUUCAUAUUACAACGGCUCUUACACGUCUCCACGAGGUCCAUCAUAUAGUCGGCCGCGAAGUCCAGCAUCGCAUUCGCAUCAGAACCCCCCAGCUGGUUCUCUUAGCCCUCCGGGGCGACAACCUCUACUCGCUUCUCCAAGUGCGAGACAUGGUGCUACAGCCAACAUGACUUCUACUACUAAUGGGGCUUCUGCCCUUACACCUUACAAGUCUGAUCUCGCAGCUCCAUCACCUCCAAAGCCGGCAUCGGCAAGCACAUCGAGGGCAAACCCAAUGUCUUUUGACAGCAUCCUCUCCAGCUCUGAGCCCGCUCGAAAACCCAAAGAACAAUCGCCUCUGAUUUCACGAGAAGCCGAAGUAGAAAUCAAGCAAGAGCGAGAUUCCAAACGUGAUCGAGAACCGAAGCGCGACUCGCGGGAACCCAAACAGACAAAACGCUCCCUAGAACCUGAAGCGGAUCACGACACAGAGGUUGAAAAAGAUGUCGAGACUGAGCCCGAACCUUUUCCUGGCAGAGACAAAGAAAGAGACCCCCCUGCCAAGAAACGAGGAGGCCGGAAGUCAACAAAAGGCCGUGCUUCUGAUAUUCGAGAUGCCGCUACGCCCAAGAAUGGUCGCAGAUUAUCAAUUAAGAAGGAAUCGCCAACACCUCGACUUCCCGCCAAGCGACAAGCAAAUGGCCUGCCCAAGCCAAAGACUUGGUCAGCAGAGAUGGAGAAGAAGAUUCAGAACGCCGAGACACAGAUUGACAACAGGGCUUCAAAUCUGGAACCCGAUGAAUUUGAUCAGCAGCAAUACAAGGAGCGAGCUCAGAAGCGACGACGUGUAAUGGAUCAACUCGACCUGGAACACGGUCUCUCCCGGCGUACCGCUUUUGCAACUUCAACCGGCAAGAAGCUCGUACUCCACGCAGAGCUCGGUAAACGACGCUACGACGAUGUGUUUUACGACGAAGCGCUACAUGAGGUCCGUGAACAAGAAGUUUACGCCGAAAAGGAGCGUAAGAAGGAUAUGCAGCGCAAGCGACGUCGUGAGAAGUCAAUGGCUGUUACCAUGGAGCAGAAAGAAGCAGCUCUAGCUCGUGCCGAGGCUGCUGAAGACGAAACCGAACGGCAGAAACAUCUUCGAGAUGCUGAACGCGCCAGUAAGAAGGCGCAGCAGACGAAACUCAUUCUCCAGAAGGGUAUCAAGGGUCCUGCCCGUAAUUUGGAGCUUAACCUGGAGGGUGGCACCAUGUCUUCAUUCCAGGCUUCCGAUGUGGAAUCUGGGGAAGCCGGCACGCCAUCUGGCAAGCGAAAGGGCAAGGGCCGUAGCGGACCUCGUCUCAAGAAGUCUAAGGAACAAAAGCAAGCCGAAAAGGAUUCUGCCGAAGCCGCUCAGGCCGCUCUUGAUGCCGGAGAGGAACUACCAACCAAAGAAGAGAACCGCGUUCGAAUCAAGAUCAAGAAAACCAAGAAGGAUCCUUCUGCUGAGACAGAGAAAGACAAGGACGAUGGCGAUAAGACCGAGGACGAGCCUGUCGAGAAGAAAAGCAAGAAGAGCAAAGACAAAGACAAGGAGAAGGUCGAUGACAUCCCAGACAACGAGAAACGGUUCAUGUCCAAGGGCUACAACCAAAUUUACGAUCAGAUUUGGCGAGACAUGGCUCGUAAAGAUGUCAACAAGACCUUCAAGCUUGCCGUGGACUCUUAUGCCACAAAAGCCUCAAAUCUCAAAAAGACAGCCAUCCUGGCAUCGAAGGAAGCAAAGCGCUGGCAACUACGGACAAACAAGGGCACCAAAGAUCUCCAAGCUCGAGCAAAGCGUGUUAUGCGUGACAUGAUGGGCUUUUGGAAGCGUAACGAGCGAGAAGAACGAGAUCUCCGCAAGGCUGCUGAGAAGCAGGAGAUCGAGAAUGCCCGAAAAGAAGAAGCUGAUCGUGAAGCCGCCCGUCAAAAGAGAAAGCUUAACUUCCUUAUCUCGCAGACUGAGCUGUACUCUCACUUCAUCGGCAAGAAGAUUAAGACUGAUGAGGUGGAACGAAGUACCGAUAACCCGGAUGUCGCCAAGGACGCCCAUCAGAUUGACCAGCAGAAACUCGACAUCGAUGAACCGACAGGACCAGUUACUGGUAAGGUUACCAACUUCGAGAACCUUGACUUUGAGGAGGGCAGCGAAGAGGCUCUCCGUGCUGCUGCUAUGGCCAACGCUCAGAAUGCCAUCGCCGAAGCCCAGAAGAAGGCUCGUGACUUCAAUAACCAGGGUCUUGACAUGGAUGAAGAGGGCGAGAUGAACUUCCAGAACCCUACGGGUUUGGGCGAUGUCGAGAUCGAACAACCGAAGCUUAUCAAUGCCCAACUCAAGGAAUACCAGCUCAAGGGUCUCAACUGGCUUGUCAAUUUAUACGAGCAGGGUAUCAACGGUAUUUUGGCAGAUGAAAUGGGUCUCGGAAAGACUGUCCAGUCCAUCUCCGUCAUGGCUUAUCUUGCUGAGAAGCACGAUAUUUGGGGACCCUUCCUUGUUGUUGCUCCUGCUUCUACUCUCCACAACUGGCAGCAGGAAAUCGCCAAGUUCGUCCCCGAGUUCAAGAUUCUACCCUACUGGGGUGGCGCCAAUGAUCGAAAGGUUCUCCGAAAGUUCUGGGAUCGUAAGCAUACGACAUACCGAAAAGACGCUCCUUUCCACGUUUGUGUUACCUCGUAUCAGCUGGUUGUCUCUGAUGUGGCCUACUUCCAGAAAAUGAGAUGGCAAUACAUGAUUCUUGAUGAAGCUCAAGCCAUCAAGAGCUCUCAAAGUUCUCGAUGGAAAGCAUUGCUCAACUUCCACUGCCGAAACCGCUUGCUUCUCACUGGUACACCCAUCCAGAACAACAUGCAAGAACUUUGGGCACUUCUGCAUUUCAUCAUGCCAUCGCUCUUCGACUCACACGACGAGUUCAGCGAAUGGUUCUCCAAGGAUAUUGAGUCUCACGCACAAAGUAAUACCAAGCUCAAUGAGGACCAGCUCAAGCGUCUGCACAUGAUUCUUAAGCCUUUCAUGCUUCGUCGUGUCAAGAAGCAUGUGCAGAAGGAGCUCGGCGACAAGAUUGAGAUGGAUAUCUUCUGUGAUCUCACCUACAGACAACGCGCGUAUUACAGUAAUCUUCGAAACCAGAUUAACAUUAUGGAUCUCGUCGAAAAGGCUACCAUGGGCGACGACCAGGAUUCAGGUACACUGAUGAACUUGGUCAUGCAGUUCCGAAAGGUCUGUAACCAUCCCGAUCUCUUCGAGCGCGCUGAGGUCAACUCGCCAUUUGCUUGCGCCUACUUUGCCGAGACCGCGUCGUUUGUCCGUGAGGGUAGCGAAGUUGCCGUGGGUUACUCGAGUCGCAACUUGAUCGAAUACGAGCUUCCUCGCCUUAUCUGGAGAAAUGGAGGCCGAAUCAACAAGGCAGGCCCGGAUAGUCAGGUUGCCGGCUGGAAGAACCGGGCACUGAACCACAUGAUGAAUGUCUGGAGCCCAGACAACAUCCGCGAGAGCUGUGAUGGACCAAAGGCAUUCUCAUGGCUUAGGUUUGCUGACACCUCUCCCUACGAGGCUUAUGAGGCCACGCACCAAAGCUUGAUUGUCCGAGCUGCCAAGGAGCUUCAGAAACGCGACAGACUUGGAUACAUGAAUGUUGCCUACACGGAUACUGAAGACCAGAACUAUACUCCUGCUCAUGCCCUUUUCCAGAUUCAGGCGCGACAGAACCGAAAGCCCCUGGCGGACAUUACCAGUGAAGGUGUCUUGACCCAGUUGAUGAACGUUGCCCAAUCAGACUAUAAUGAGUCUGGUCUCGGCCGCCUGGAACCUGCUGGUAGACCCCGCGCUUCAGCGCCUCCAAUCCAGGUGUCUUGCCGCAGUUGGGGCUCUGAGACCGAACGUAGCGAAGCCUUGUUUAACGCACCAAUUCGAAAGAUCCUCUAUGGCCCUACCUUCUUUGAGGAGAAGGCUCUCGUGGAGAAGAAGCUUCCCAUGGAGUUAUGGCCCACGCGUGAGAUGCUGCCUAAGCCUGAUCAUGAGAAGAAGGGUUUCACCAACAUCUCUGUUCCUUCCAUGCGGCGCUUUGUUACUGACAGUGGCAAGCUGGCUAAGCUUGAUGAACUGCUGUUCAAACUCAAGAGCGAGGGCCAUCGUGUACUCCUCUACUUCCAGAUGACUCGCAUGAUCGACAUGAUGGAAGAGUACUUGACUUACCGCAACUACAAGUACUGCCGACUGGAUGGUUCUACCAAGCUGGAAGAUCGACGAGACACCGUGCACGACUUCCAGACCCGUCCUGAAAUCUUCAUUUUCCUUCUGUCUACUCGCGCUGGUGGUCUUGGUAUCAACCUUACAUCCGCCGAUACUGUCAUCUUCUACGACUCCGAUUGGAACCCCACAAUCGAUUCGCAAGCCAUGGAUCGAGCGCAUCGUCUGGGUCAGACCAAGCAGGUCACAGUCUAUCGUCUCAUCACGCGCGGCACAAUCGAAGAGCGCAUUCGUAAGAGAGCAAUGCAGAAGGAAGAGGUUCAACGUGUCGUCAUCCAGGGUGGUGGUGCAAGCGUUGAUUUCUCUGGCCGUCGUGCUCCCGAGAACCGCAACCGUGAUAUUGCUAUGUGGCUUGCCGACGACGAACAAGCUGAGAUGAUCGAGCGUCGUGAAAAGGAGCUCCUCGAGUCAGGCGAGCUUGAGAAGCAGCAGAAGAAGAAGGGUGGCAAGCGACGCAAGGCCGAGAACACGGCUAGCCUGGAUGAGAUGUAUCAUGAAGGCGAGGGUAACUUUGACGAUGGAUCCAAGGGCCUAUCUGGUACAGCAACGCCAGCUACCGCAGCCACACCUGGCGACAGCGACAGCAAAGGCAAAAAGGGUAGAAAGGGGACAAAGCGAGCCAAGACGGCGAAGCAAAGGUUAGCGAUUGCUGAUGGUAUGAUGGAGUAAGGGAGGCCGACAGCGCCAAAUAGCAACGCUUGUAAUAUCAAACGCAAGACUUUAGAGCCGCACAGGCUCACGGGAAGACGAAGGGAGUUAUUCAUGUAUCUGCUACGUUACUUUUUUUCUUUCCUUAUUCUUGUUGUCAUGGCGAAGGAACCGUCAAUAGGGGGAGUUGGAAGUGAAAAUGCCGAUAAACUAUAGCAGGGCAGCAAAGCAUCGUCUCGGAACAGAGGCAUGUAUUAUUACUAUAGACGGAGGGUAAACAAAGUAUAUGUGUCUGUCGUGUGCAAUUG